AUGGGAAUGAAAACAGGCCAGUUAGCCCAUCAUGAUGAAUUCAUUAGGAAUUAACCAUGAUAGUUUCCAGGGAGAACCGCGAAGAGGUCGACCUGGUUGGGUAUAUUGCUAGUAAUGGGAUUCUCAGUCUCCAUUACUAACAAUCCCUUUCCCCCUGCCAUACCUAUUAAGAUAGUAAUUACUUGCUUUGUCAUUAAAACCGCAGGUACUAUAUUUAAUAUGGGAAAAAAUAAUUAUUGAUAAUGGGGUCUAACAGUUCCAUUGCUAGCAAUACACCCCCUUAGGUCUGCAACGUAAUUCCCGUUUAAAUCUGGGGCUUUAUCAUAAAAUGAAAUUCCGAAUUUUCGGACGGACGGAGCUUAACAUUAAGGAGCUUAACUAUUACAUCGGGUAUCCCUCAAGGUUCUAAUAUUGGUCCGAUACUCUUCAAGAUAUCUGUAAAUGACAUUAUUUCAGGUUUUGAGUCGUCUUUAGCAUGUUUGUUUACAGAUGAUUUAAAACUUGCAAAAAAUAUAAGAUCUGUCCAUCAUUGUGCGCUUUUGCAACCGACCUGGAUAGACUAAUUAUGUGGUGUGAAUACAACGGCAUGUCUCUGAAUUUCACGAAAUGUAUUCAUUUAAAAUUCACUAGAAAACACUAAAAAAAAUUACCUUUGAUUAUAUAGAGUUUGCAAUGGCAAAAGUAUCAAGAGCUUUGGGUUUUGUAAUUCGCAAUGCCAAAGAAUUUGUAUUUACAAAUUCCUUGGCAAAAACUAAAAUAAAAUUAUAUUAUUCAUUAGUUCGAAGCGUCUUGGAGUAUGGUUCGAUAGUUUGGCGACCACAUUAUUCAACCCAUAUUUUAAGAUUUUUUUAAUGGAUGAUAAUGGAAUGGUAUGGUACACGCGCUAUCGGUAUACACCGGCGGGGCACCAGUGAAAGAUGAUAGGUGAGGAUGAAGUAGGUCAGUUAGCCCAUCGUGACAAUUUUAACAAGAAUUGUUCUUGAUAGUUUCCACGGGAAACCACAUGGAGGUCGACCUAAUAAGGCAUAUUGCUAGCAAUGGAACUAUUAAACUCCAUUGCUUAACAAUCACUUUCCCCCCGGCAUAUUUUAAGAUUAGAGCGUAUACAAAAAAGAUUUUUCUGGCAUUUGGCUUUUUCAGCUCGACAAUCUAAGACCUUGGUGGCUUACAGGGACAGGCUUGUCUAUUUCAAUAUGGUAUCUCUUGAUAAGCGUAGAAUAUUAAUAGAUUUAAUGUUCUUAUAUAAUCUGUUUAGGAACAGAAUUGACUGAUCGCAGCUUCUUGCCAAAUAUCAUUUUCGAUUGCCUGUGCACUAUCCUCAUAGUUAUAUCAGUCCAAUAUCCGUGCCGUUCCAUAGAACUGUUCUUGGUGCCGACUCCACUGUACCACGUCUUUGCAAGCCUUUGAUAUUCACUUCGAUACGGAAGAUAUUUUUUAUAGGAAAGCAUUACAGUUAAUUUGAAUAGCUAAAAUUUAUAUGAAGCAAUCAUUUAAAGAAUCUAAAAAACUAUACCUAUCUCAAAUACCACAAGAGUUUGUUAUACCGUAUUAUUAUUUGUUAAUUAGCAUGCUGUGUUUCCUUUAAAAUGAUUGUGCACUAAAUAUAAAUAGACAGUAAUUUUAAUAUUAAAUCUUAUCAAUGUAACAAUUACUGGAAGACCAAAUAAAGAUAAAAUAAAAUAAACAUUUCGUUUAUCAUAAAUUCUACUAUAAAAGUCCAAAGAGACGAAAUUUUGAUAUUUUUAUUAUUUUGAAACGGAAAUCAUGUAAUUUUAACAUCGAUUUUCUGUUUCGUUCGGGCUCGAAAUUUCGGAAAAUAUUUAAUGGUAGGCCCUCAGCUUUCAUCCUCACCUGUCAUGUCUCACUGAUAGUGGAGGCGGGGUUCUCAUUUAAUUUUCACCAAUAAAAAAACGAUGCUUAAUGUAGAGGUAACGUAAACGAAAUCGUAUCUAAUUGAAGCAAUGUUGACAUUUAAGUAAAAAUAAAAAAUCACAUCUGGCAAUCAUUAACUCUUAAAUACUAGUACCCAGAGCCGUAAACCCUUAAUCAAAAACCUAACCUUAUUUAUUGUUUACAGUUGACAGUUGUAUUUUACUCGUGUUAAUUAAAUGUGAUGUUAACUUGUUAGUUUCUGUCUUUAAUCUGAUAAAUUAGUUGUAAGUGGGUAUUUGUUAUUGCUUUAGUUUACAUCGCAUAAUUGUAAUAAAUUAAAAUGGAUAAUCGUGAAAACGUAGAUAUAGAUGAUGAAAAGCAAGAUUCAAGACCAGUAGAAAAUGCAUGGUCUAUGAAAAUUCCUAAAUUUACACCUGAAGAUAACCCACAUGGUUUACUUGAGGAAAGCAAGUUUGCUACUUUAUUCCCAAAGUAUAGAGAACAAUACCUAAAAGAAUGUUGGCCCCUGGUCCAAAACGUGCUAAAAGAACACCAUAUAGUUGCAGAAUUAGAUCUCAUCGAAGGAAGCCUAACUGUUAAGACAACAAGGAAAACUUGGGAUCCCUACAUAAUUAUUAAAGCUAGAGAUCUUAUGAAAUUGUUAUCAAGGAGUGUUCCAUUUGAACAAGGUGUUCGAGUUUUAGAAGAUGAAAUAGGUUGUGACAUAAUAAAAAUAAAUUCAUUUGUUAGAAAAAAAGAAACAUUUCUAAAAAGGCGUCAACGUUUAAUUGGGCCUAAUGGUGUUACACUCAAAUCUAUAGAAUUAUUGACUGAAUGUUAUGUACUUGUCCAAGGCAACACUGUCUCUGCUGUAGGGCCAUAUAGAGGCUUAAUUCAAGUGAGACGUAUUGUGGAGGACACAAUGAAAAAUAUACAUCCUAUGUACAAUAUAAAAAGUUUGAUGAUCAAAAGAGAAUUAAUGAAAGACCCUAAAUUAAAAAAUGAAAGUUGGGAACGCUUUUUGCCCAAAUUUAAAAGCAAGAAUGUCCCAAGAAAACAACCGAAAAAGAAGACAGAAAAGAAGCCAUAUACACCUUUCCCUCCACCACAGCCCGAAAGCAAGAUUGAUCGUGAGUUGGCUACAGGGGAAUAUUUCUUGAAAGAUGAACAGAAAAAAGCUAAACAUCGUCAUGAAAAGGCAGAGAAACAGGCUGAAGCCAAGCAAGCCCGUAAUAUGAAGAGACAAAGAGAUUUCAUAGCACCAGAAGAAAAAACCUCUUUUAAUCCUAACCCAUCCCAUUCAACAGAGCCUACUGUUGAUAUUAAUCAAUUUAAAGCAAAGAUGAAGAAAUUAUCUAAACAAAAUAGAGGAUUGAAAAAAACAUAAUGUUGAGAUUAAAGCAAAAAUAAAUUUUAUUAAAUAAAAUUAAAUAUCAACAAUC